AUGGAUGGUGAUUCAGCAGCUCAGGCCAAUGGAACCGGCAUCACGACUCGGUCCUCUGAAAUCGGCCCCGGGAGCCGUCCGGCAGAUGCGGAGCCGCCGAAAACCCGGGCCUGUGCCAACUGUGCCCGGCUAAAGAUGAAAUGUCGAUGGCCGGCAUCCGGCGCGGGCCACUUGCAGGAUACCAGCUGUAUCCGAUGCGGCCGCAUGAAGAUUCCCUGCCAUGUGCCGGCGCCGGUACAGCGAAAGAAGAGGGGGAAAUCGACACGUGUGGCUCAGCUGGAGAGGAAGAUUGACAGCUUGGUGUCAAUGAUUGCGUCUACUCAGAAACUGCAAAAUUCACCUCCUUUAACUCCUGAGAGUCACGAUACAAUCGUAGUGGGCGAUGUGUCAAACAUACCUCUAUCACAGCCACUGCAAGAUGCAGUGCAGAAAUCACGGUCAACCCAAGCUGCCUCCAAAGUUCCUCACUUCCCACUCUCUAUCCCCUCUGACUCUUCAACAACGUUUCAGUUGAUCCCGGGCUUUAGCUUCAGUCUAGAAGAAGCUCAUUCAUACUUUAACAUCUACCGGCGUGAGUUCAUGCCCAAUUAUCCUUUCGUCAUCAUUCCGGAAGAUAUGGAUCCACGUAAUUUAUAUGCAACAUCGCGAUGUCUCUUCUGGACGAUUAUGGCUGCCGUGGCUCCCCAAUCGACGGCAACUCAGCAGGGUGUGGAGAAUUGGUUCCGUCAGUACAUUGCCGAUAGGAUGGUUGUAAAGCAAGAGAAGAACUUGGCACUUCUGCAAGCUAUCCUUAUUCAUCUAGCUUGGGCCGAUUUCCAUUUCUACAUGAGAACAGAGGCGACAAACUUCAUGCAUUUGGCCACUGCAUUGGCUAUGGACCUGAAGCUGGACAAGUCACCGGAAACUACCAGAUUACAUCCCAAAUCUCUGUUGGGAGAAGCCUGGGCGACACUCAACAAAAAUGCGCCAAAAGUUAGGUGCCAUACUGCCGAUGAGAAACGGGCUGUUCUGGGACUUUAUCAUGCUACGUCACUCAUCUCUGCCUUGUUCAAACGCGGAACUACCUUUCCUUGGAACAACUACCUUUCACAGUGCUGCGAAUCGAUAGCUGAGUCUUCUCUAGAUUCAGAUACGUUUCUAGUGGCACUGGUCAGGAUGCAGCGCGUCGCUGAUCGUGCUUACAGCAUGCUGCCUGGGUUUGACGUGGUUGACACUGGAUCUAGUGCCUACUUGUCUCCCAUGGAUAUGGUUAUUAACAAUGUUCGCCGAGAGCUCUACGAAUUUAUCUGCAUGCAGCCUGAAAGUGUUAAGAACAAACACAUAUUCAAGGCGUAUUACCAUGUGACUCUGAUGCGCCUUGCCGAGCCAGCCAUCCCUGCGCAGUCUCCUAUUAUCGUUGAAAUGGGCUCUUUACAUCCAGAGCCGCUGCAACGUUUUGAUACCAUUUGGAAAUGCCUACUUGCCGCUGUCGAUUUCUUCGAUGCCAUUUUGUCUAUUCACCCUAACGAGUUACCUGGCCUACCUGCCUCAGUUACAGGAUUACUAGCCUUUGCCAUCGUUACUAGCUCUCGGCUGCUCCUCUUGGAUCCAUCUAUAGACUGGCAACCUAUCAUGGCCCGGAGAAAGCUCGACUUUGCCGACGUAACGAAGCGUCUGAGCGAGAGGUUUGAAGAAGCAGAUACUUGGGCCAAAGAAGCUGGCCGUAGACGGCGCCUGUUAGACGGAGGCGAUGCCCAGUUUUGCAGACUGAGUUUCAAGCUUCGGUGGAUUCGACAGUGGUAUCUGUCACGAAUACCCCUAGAGCAGCAGCCGCCAAUGUCUGAAAUGCAGCAGCCUGCUGGCGAGUUGCUUCAGGACUCGGAUGCUGUGUUCUGGCAGGAGUAUGAGUUUGAAGAUGCGCUCUGGCCGGAUUUUAUGACGACGUAUAAUCCAAACUUUGCGGCGGUGCCAUGA